AAUUUCUACGAAUAUUCGCAAAAUUUAGCAUUGUGCGAUACGAUAAAACGACAAAGAUGCGACAAUCGAUGAUAAAUUGCAACCAAGUGCAAACCCAAGUAAUAACAGAAGGUCGUUGGAUAGAGGAGGAUUCAUUACCCCAAUCCAGCAAGCACGUAGUGCUCGUUAUUCCUGGGAAUCCAGGUGUUCCGCGAUUCUACGAGGAGUUCAUCAAGGCGCUCUACUCGAGAUUAACUCUGGACACACCUGUGUGGAUCAUCGGACACGCUGGGCACGUCCAACCGCCGGACAACUUGGAGAUUGCUAUGCCCAGUGACGAGAAGUGGGCAGAAUGCUAUAGUUUGAAUGCACAGAUUCAACACAAGGUAGAAUUCAUAAAAAAGUACAUUCCAGAGGAUGCGCAGCUACAUCUUAUUGGACAUUCCAUAGGUGCUUGGUUCGUGCUCAAUUUACUGAAGAAUAAUGACAUUAACGGAAGGAUAAAGAAGUGUUAUAUGUUGUUUCCUACGGUAGAAUAUAUGGCAGAUAGUCCUAAUGGGAUUUUAUUUUGUAACUUUGUAUCACGUAUUGCACCAGUAUUGAUUUUCCUAUCUUGGAUCUUCACAGAAAUGUUUCCAGUCUCUCUACAAUCAUUAAUGAUACGUAUUUUUGGUAUAUUUUGGGGUAUUCCAGCCAGAUCUGUCAAAGCGGUUCAGGAAAUGUUGAAUCCAAAGGUCUUAAGUAGAAUAAUCAAUCUUGCCAGAGAAGAAAUGAAGUAUGUGAAAGAAGCUGACGAUAAGAUUAUAUCAAAACAUAAUGAUAAGCUUUGGUUUUAUUAUGGCGCCAAUGAUGGUUGGACUCCACAGAAAUACUAUAAGAAUAUGAUAUCAAAACAUCCUAAUUUGAAUGUUCAAUUAUGCCAACGUGGUUUCCAACAUUCCUUUGUAUUGAAAAAUGACGUGGAGAUGGGACAUAUCGUAGGCGACCUCAUUAAUGAAGAAUUGAGACAUUGAUGUUUCGUAUUUGAAUUGCAUUUAAUAGUUGCAUUUAUUUUUCGCUUUUUGGUGAUAUUUAGGUAUAUGUUAUGGGUAUAUGCUGGGUAUAUGUGAUGGGUGUAUGUGUGUUUUUUUUUUUUUUGAUCAUUGUUUUGUAGUAUAUUUAUAUUUAUCAUAUUAUUAUUGUUAUUAUUUUAUAUGACUGGAAUUGUUAUAUUCACACAAAGAUAUAUCGAGGAUUUUUAAAAAAUUAUAUAUAUAAAAUUAUAUAUAUAUAUAUAAAAAUUAUAUAUAUAUAAAAAAAUGAACGAAUACUGUACUACGCUCAAUUUAUAUUGUAUAAAA